AUGGACCAGUGCGGCGUGGGCCUCUACGGCGUAGCCGAUCGCAUCGGGUACGCGACGGUGGCGUCGGCGCCGCCGAAGCGGCCGGCGGGGCGGACCAAGUUCCGGGAGACGCGCCACCCGGUGUACCGCGGCGUGCGCCGGCGCGGCGCCGCGGGGCGGUGGGUGUGCGAGGUGCGCCAGCCCAGCAAGAAGUCCCGCAUCUGGCUCGGCACCUUCGCCAGUCCCGAGGCCGCCGCGCGCGCCCACGACGUCGCCGCGCUCGCGCUCCGGGGCCGCGAAGCGUGCCUUAACUUUGCCGACUCGGCCGCGCUUCUCGCCGUCGAUCCGUCCACGCUCCGCACGCCCCAGGACAUCCGCGCCGCCGCCAUGGCGCUCGCCCGGGCCGCCUGCCCCCAAGACGCGACGAAUUCCUCUGUGUCCGUGGCGGCCGCGCCCGCGCCCACGACGAUGCUGAUGAUGCAGGAGGCCGCGGCGGCACCGCACGACAGCCUCGCCAUGUACGGCGGCUUGGCGGACCUGGACCAGCAUUCCCACUACUACUACGACGGGAUGAGCGGCUGCGGCGGCGACUGGCAGAGUAUCUCGCAUAUGGACGGAGCCGACGAAGACGGCGGCUACGGCGCAGGAGACGUCGCGCUCUGGAGCUACUGA